AUGUGCGGAGGUGGGGUGGAGAGGAGAACCCACCGCUGGGCCAUCGCCGUACACGGCGGCGCUGGGGUCGACCCUAAUCUCCCCCCCGAGAAACAGGAGCAGGCGAAGCAGCUCCUUGCGCGGUGCCUUCACCUCGGAGUUGCCGCCCUACGCUCCGACCUCGCCGCCGUUGACGUUGUCGAGCUCGUCGUAAGUACCAACUCCCCUCUCUCACCGCUGCUGCAACUGGUUCCGGUGGGCAUCAAUGUUAGGGUUCCGAUGAAGAUGGAUUGAUUGAUUGAUCUGCAGGUGAAAGAGCUGGAGACGGAUCCGUUCUUCAACUCCGGGCGUGGGUCGGCGCUGACAAGGAAGGGGACGGUGGAGAUGGAGGCGAGCAUAAUGGACGGCGUCCGGCGGCGCUGCGGUGCUGUCUCCGGCGUCACGACGGUGAAGAACCCCAUCUCCCUCGCCAGGCUCGUCAUGGACCGGUCCCCUCACUCCUACCUCGCCUUUCACGGCGCCGAAGAGUUUGCCCGUCAACAGGUUCGCCUACAACUCAUCAUGCAAAACCGUCGAUCCAAGGGCUAUGAAACGGACACCUUAUGCCCGCAUGGGACAUGCAAUAAUAAUACAUAGGAAAGCAUAAUAUCUAUAGAUUUUAGAUUUUAAUUAAGUUAAAGAAUGGUAAUAAUAAAUGGGAAUGCAUCCAUCAAGGUGAAGGUAGUCCCAACGAAGAUCUGACUUAGAUGCGAUGAUGUUGAUUGAUCAGGGCGUGGAGACAGUGGACAACGGCUACUUUAUCACCGAGGAUAAUGUGGGGAUGCUAAAGCAGGCCAAGGAAGCCGACUCAAUCCUGGUAUCUUUUCACCGUCUAAGUUAUCAGAUCUUUCUUCUCUUCUAACGUCAUCUUCGUCGUCCUCUGACGAACGAGAACAAAUCAGUUUGAUUACAGGGUUCCACUGCCGGCAGCGUGCAGCGCCGCCGCCGCCGCGGCGGCCGGCUUGGACGGCGGCGGCGUGAAGAUGAACGGCAUGCCGCUGAGCGUGUACGCGCCGGAGACGGUGGGUUGUGUGGUGGUGGAUGGCCUGGGGCGGUGCGCCGCCGCCACCUCCACCGGAGGGUUGAUGAACAAGAUGGAGGGGAGGAUCGGCGACUCGCCGCUGAUCGGGGCGGGAACAUACGCUUGCGAGGUCUGCGCGGUGUCAUGCACCGGCGAAGGGGAGGCGAUCAUACGGAGCACGCUGGCGCGGGAGGUGGCAGCGCUGAUGGAGUACAAGGGGAUGUCGCUGCGCGAAGCCGUGGACUACGCCGUUGAGGAGAGGCUUGACGAGGGGAAGGCUGGCCUCAUCGCCGUCUCCAGCAGCGGCGAUGUUGCCUACGGCUUCAAUUGCGUCGGCAUGUUUAGGGCGUAUGCUACCGAAGACGGGUUCUACCAUGUGGGCAUCUGGGACUGA